UGGCUGGAGCAGAACAGGCAGUGAUGUCACAGACCACCUGUUGAAACUUCUAGAACAAAGGCAGUCGGAGUGAGAAAAGGAAGACCAUCAAGACCACCACAGAGAGAGUGAGUGACCAGUUUAUUCAGAGCUAUUUGCUUUGAUAGAAGGGCCAUGAUUCCAGCUGGCUGUCAAUAGAAAGAAGAUAUACCAUCUAUUUCGACAAUGACACUACCUACAAACAAGCCACUGCCCUGAUGAAAAGAAUAAAACAACCCCCGUGAACUGGAAUCAGACAAGGUCGCUCUCAUGUUUUCUUUAUGUGUAACUUAAAAAAAGCAAAAAAAAAAAACAAGGAGAUUGGCCCAGAAGAAAGGAACAAGAUUUGCCAAAGUUGCAACAGUUGCCUCAGGACCUCAGUAACUAGUUUAGCUGUCUGUAGGCGAAAGGAAGAAUGGAUGACUCUGAACCCAGGCUUGACCAGGAAAUGCUUGGAAAUGAAGAAAUGCUAGAUGUUGAGGAGCAGAAAUGUAAUGAUGAAAUCAAUGAGGAAAAUAACAAUGAGAUGAGCCAACACCAUGAAAGUGGGGAUACUGGACCUAUAAUGGAGCAAGAAUCCCCAAAGAGAAAAGUUCCUAGUAAAGAUAUUCUGGACCAGUCUCUGCAGACUGAUAGCAAAGUGAGCAUUUUUAAGCGGAAAGAAUUGGUGGACCAAAGCCAGCAGACAGAUAUUUCUGGCAGUGCAAAAAGUAGCACAACAUCUCUUAGAAAACAAUCCCUUUGUAGUAGCCAUCGGCUUCCAGGUCAGGAAUCUCGUCAUAGCAGUCAGCAAUCCAUUGGCUACCAGCCUAUACAGAGCCAAAAGUCUUCCAGAGUGCAAUCUAAACAGGAGAUCAUUUUUCCUGAAGAAACAGAAAUCGAACAGUCUGUAGCACAAGAACCUGGCUAUGGAGGCAAACAGUUAGAGAGCCAGGAAUCUCAGCAUAGUACACAAGAACCAGAGAGACGAGACCCAUACUAUGGUAGUCAACAGGUAGAGGAACAGGAAAUCCAACAACUAGAGAGAUUGGAAUCACGGCAUAGCAGUCAGCAGUCCAUUAGCCCCCAGUCCAUCCAGAAUCAAAAGUCUUUCCAAGGACAAGUCUUGGAUAAAGUAGAUACAAAGGAAGAACGAGGAUGGAUCAACAGUAUAACUGGUGUUGAAAUGAUGUGCAGAAGUCAGCAAACAAGUGUUGUUUGGGAACUAACAUCACUUUCAGAAAUUCUACGUCCUUUUAAAAGACCUGCAAUGACCAGAGAUGCAGAGGAGCAAAUACAGAAACCUGAAACAGAUAUAAUUUCUUCUGAGAAUACAGAAAUAGAACAGUCUCCAAUACAAGAACUGCAGCACAGUAUUCCACAGCCAGAGGGACAGGAAUCCCGACGUGGUAGUCAACAGCCUGCAGUACAAGAAUCUCGCCACAGUAUUCAACAGCCAGAGGGAGAAGAAUCCCAACAGAGUAGUCAACAGCCUGCAGUACAAGAAUCUCGCCACAGUAUUCAACAGCUGGAGGCACAGGAAUCCCGACGUGGUAGUCAACAGCCUGCAGUACAAGAAUCUUGCCACAGUAUUAAACAGCUGGAGAAAGAAGAAUCCCGACAUGGUAGUCAACAGCCUGCGGUAGAAGAAUCUCGUCACAGUAUUCAGCAGCUGGAGGGAGAGGUAUUCCAAUGUGAUAGUCAACAGCCUACAGUACAGGAAUCUCGCCACAGUAUUAAACAGCUGGAGAGUGAGGAAUCCCGACCUGGUAGUCAACAGCCUGCAAUACAAGAAUCUCACCACAGUAUUCAGCAGCCGGAGGCAGAGGAAUCCCGACGUGGUAGUCAACAGCCUGCAAUACAAGAAUCUCGCCACAGUAUUAAACAGCCGGAGGCACAGGAAUCCCGACGUGAUAGUCAACAGCCUGCUGUACAAGAAUCUUGCCACAGCAUUCAACAGCCGGAGGGAGAAGAAUCCCGACGUGAUGGUCAACAGCCUGCAAUACAAGAAUCUCGCCACAGCAUUCAACAGCCGGAGGAAGUAGAAUUCCGACGUGAUAGUCAACAGCCUGCAGUACAAGAAUCUCGCCACAGUAUUAAACAGCCAGAGGGAGAAGAAUCCCGACGUGGUAGUCAACAGCCUGCAGUACAAGAAUUUCGCCACAGUAUUAAACAACUGGAGGUUGAGGAAUCCCAAUGUGGUAGUCAACAGCCUGCAAUACAAGACUCUCACCACAGUAUUAAACAGCCGGAGGCACAGGAAUCCCGACGUGGUAGUCAACAGCCUGCAGUACAAGAAUCUCGCCACAGUAUUAAACAGCCGGAGGGAGAAGAAUCCCAAUGUGGUAGCCAACAGCCUGCAGUACAGGAAUCUCAUCACAGUAUUCAGCAGCUGGAGGCACAGGAAUCCCGACGUGGUAGUCAACAGCCUGCAGUACAAGAAUCUCACCACAGUAUUAAACAGCCGGAAGGAGAAGAAUCCCAACGUGAUAGUCAACAGCCUGCAGUACAAGAAUCUCGCCACAGUAUUAAACAGCCGGAGGGAGAAGAAUCCCGACGUGGUAGUCAACAGCCUGCAGUACAAGAAUCUCACCACAGUAUUAAACAGCCGGAGGCACAGGAAUCCCGACGUGGUAGUCAACAGCCUGCAGUACAAGAAUCUCGCCACAGUAUUAAACAGCCGGAAGGAGAAGAAUCCCAACGUGAUAGUCAACAGCCUGCAGUACAAGAAUCUCACCACAGUAUUCAACAGCCGGAGGCACAGGAAUCCCGACGUGAUAGUCAACAGCCUGCAGUACAAGAAUCUUGCCACCGUAUUAGACAGCCGGAGGGAGAAGAAUCCCGACGUGGUAGUCAACAUCCUGCAGUACAAGAAUCUCGCCACAGUAUUAAACAACUGGAGGUUGAGGAAUCCCGACGUGGUAGUCAACAGCCUGCAAUACAAGAAUCUCGCCACAGUAUUAAACAGCCGGAAGGAGAAGAAUCCCAACGUGAUAGUCAACAGCCUGCAGUACAAGAAUCUUGCCACAGCAUUCAACAGCCGGAGGGAGAAGAAUCCCAAUGUGGUAGCCAACAGCCUGCAGUACAAGAAUCUCACCACAGUAUUAAACAGCCGGAAGGAGAAGAAUCCCAACGUGAUAGUCAACAGCCUGCAGUACAAGAAUCUCGCCACAGUAUUAAACAGCCGGAGGUUGAGGAAUCCCGACGUGGUAGUCAACAGCCUGCAGUACAAGAAUCUCACCACAGUAUUAAACAGCCGGAGGCACAGGAAUCCCGACGUGGUAGUCAACAGCCUGCAGUACAAGAAUCUCGCCACAGUAUUCAACAGCCGGAGGCACAGGAAUCCCGACGUGAUAGUCAACAGCCUGCAGUACAAGAAUCUUGCCACCGUAUUAGACAGCCGGAGGGAGAAGAAUCCCGACGUGGUAGUCAACAUCCUGCAGUACAAGAAUCUCGCCACAGUAUUAAACAACUGGAGGUUGAGGAAUCCCGACGUGAUAGUCAACAGCCUGCAAUACAAGAAUCUCGCCACAGCAUUCAACAGCCAGAGGGAGAAGAAUAUCGACGUGAUAAUCAACAGCUUGCAGUACAAGAAUCUCGCCACAGUAUUCAACUGCCAGAAGCACAUGAAUCCCGGCGUGGUAGUCAACAGCCUGUAGUACAAGAAUCUCGCCACAGUAUUCAACAGCCAGAGGCACAGGAAUCCAGAAUUGACAGCCAGACACGAAUAGGCCAGGAAUCCCGCCAAAGCAUCGAACAACUAGAAGCAGAAAAAUCCAAGUCAGAGGAACAAAGAACAAAGCAUCGCAGAAAAGUACGGAAAACUAAAGUUGAUCAGUCUCAGCAGACAGACAGUGCAGAGAGUUUGAGGAGAGAGCUGUCCGAAAAAGGUCUACAGACAGAUAUCACUGGAAGUAGAAAAACUAGUGUGGCAUUAGAAUGGCAAGAUUCCCAUCGUAGCAGCCAGCAGCCUGACCUGCAAGAAAUCCAGCAGGGUAAUCUUCCUGUUCAGCUACAAGGUCUGUGCUCUCAGAGCCAGCAACCUGAAGCAUCUAAUAUCUGCCCUGGCCACCCACCAGAUGAACUUAAAGAUUCCCAUCGUAGCAGCAAGCAGCUUGACCAUCAAAACCACUAUCGAGGCAGUCUCCCAACUAAUUUAGAACAUAUUCAUCAUGAUAGCCAGCAAUAUGAGAUGCAGGAAUUCCAUCGGAGCAGUCUUCCAGUUGACCUGCAAGAUUCCCACCGUGGAACCAAGCAGUUUGAGAUUCUAGAACUCCACCGAGGCAGUCUUCUUGCUCAGCUAGAAGACUAUCAUGAUAGUGAUCAGCAACUCAAAGAAAACGUCUACCACGAUAGCCUCUCACUUGAAUUGAAAGAUUUGCAACAGGCUUGUGAUCAGUCUGAUUUUCAAGAAUCCCAAUAUGAUAGUCAGAAAACAAUGGGACAGGAAGCCCAGUGUGAUAGCCAGAAGCCACGAGAGGCAGAAGAAUACAAGGCAGGUGAUGAAAAUGAGCCUCAGGUGUCCACUGCUCCUGAUAGGAAGACAAUGCAGGUUAGAGAAAAGGUUUCAUUUGCUCAGCAGACAUAUAGCAUCAUUUCUUUUGAGGCAACUAAUUGGUUAAACAGAAGAACUAGCAAAUUAAUGAGAAACCAAAGUCAACAGACUAAUGAGAGUUGGAUUCAGUAUUACAGAGGGAAAAAAGAUAUGCUUGAACAAGAAGUAAAACAACAACAACCUGUUGAGCCCAAGACUCGCAGGGCCAGUGAGCAACCCACCAUGACCAAGUCCUAUGAGGUCAGCGAACUGCCUGAUGCACCUGAGUCCCGCAGGCCCAGCGAACCACCCGCCGCCCCUGGCUCCCGCAGGCCCAGCGAACCACCCGCCGCCCCUGGCUCCCGCAGGCCCAGCGAACAACCCGCUGCCCCCGGGUCCCGCAGGCCCAGCGAACAACCCGCUGCCCCCGGGUCCCGCAGACCCAGCGAACAACCCGCCGCCCCUGGGUCCCGCAGACCCAGCGAACAACCUGUCGUCCCUGGGUCACGCAGGCCCAGUGAACUGCCCACUGUGCCUGAGUCCCGCAGGGCCAACGAAUUGCCCACUAUGCCUGAGUCCCGCAGGGCCAGUGAGCCACCCAUCAUGUCUGAACCCCGCAGGGCCAGCAAACUGCCCACCAUGCCAGAGUCCUGUGAGGCCAGCGAACCACCAGCUGCACCCGACUCCUGUGAGGCCAGUGAACCACCUGCUGUGCUUGAGUCCCGCAGGGCCAGUGAACGACCUGCUGCCCCUGGGUCCCGCAGGGCCAGCGAACUACCUGCCAUGCCUGAAUCCCGCAGGCCCAGUGAAUCACCUGCUGCCCCUGGGUACCGCAGGACCAGCAAACCACCCAUUGUGCCUGAGUCCUGUGAGAUCAGUGAACCGCCAGCUGCACCCGAGUCCCUCAGGGCCAGUGAACCAGCUGAUGUACCCGAGUCCCUCAGGGCCAGUGAACUACCUGUUGGGCUUGAGUCUGAGGUCAGCGAACCACCAGCGGCACCUGAGUCCUGCGAGGCCAACGAACCACCAGCGGCACCCGAUUCCUGCGAAGCCAGUGAACUGCCGACUAUGCCUGAAUCCAACUGGGGCAGUGAACAGCCCACUGUGCCUGAGUCUCGGAGGCCCAGCGAACCACCUGCCAUCCCCGGGUCCCAAAGGCCCAGCGAACCCACUGCAGCACCUGAGACCCACAGGGCUAGUGAACCACCUGUUAUGCCUGAAUCCCGCAGGGCUAGCAAACUACCUAGUAUGCCUGAGUCCUGUGAAGCCAACGAACCACCAGCUGUACCUGAGUCCCGCAGGGCCAGUGAACAGCCCGCUGUGCCACAGUCCCGCAGAGCCAGUGAACAGCCCGCUGUUCCUGAGUCUCGCAGGGCCAGCAAACAACCCCCCAUGCCUGAGUCCUGCGAGGCCAGUGAACUGCCUGCUGUUCCCGAGUCCCGCAGGGCCAGCAAACUACCCUCCAUGCCUGAGUCCUGCGAGGCCAGUGAACUGCCUGCUGUUCCCGAGUCCCGCAGGGCCAGCAAACUACCCACCAUGCCGGAGUCCUGUGAGGCCGGUGAAUUGCCUGCUGUGCCUGAGUCCCGCAGGGCCAGCGAACAGCCCGCUGUGCCUGAGUCCCGCAGGCCCAGUGAACCAGCUGCUGCACCUGAGUCCCGCAGGGCCAGUGAACCACCUGCCUCCCGCAGGCCCAGUGAACCAGCUGCUGCACCUGAGUCCCGCAGGGCCAGUGAACCACCCAUCAUGCCUGAAUCCCGCAGGGCCAGCAAACUACCCACCAUGCCCGAGUCCUGUGAGGCCAGCGAACCGCCAGCUGCACCCGACUUCUUUGGGGCCAGCGAACAGCCCGCUGUGCCUGAGUCCCGCAGGGCCAGUGAACCACCUGCCUCCCACAGGCCCAGUGAACCAGCUGCUGCACCUGAGUCCCGCAGGGCCAGUGAACCACCUGCCUCCCGCAGGCCCAGUGAACCAGCUGCUGCACCUGAGUCCCGCAGGGCCAGUGAACCACCCAUCAUGCCUGAAUCCCGCAGGGCCAGCAAACUACCCGCCAUGCCUGAGACCUGUGAGGCCAGUGAACUGCCUCCUGUGCCUGAGUCCCGCAGGGCCAGCAAACUACCCACCAUGCCGGAGUCCUGUGAGGCCAGUGAAUUGCCUGCUGUGCCUGAGUCCCGCAGGGCCAGCGAACAGCCCGCUGUGCCUGAGUCCCGCAGGGCCAGUGAACCACCUGCCUCCCGCAGGCCCAGUGAACCAACUGCUGCACCUGAGUCCCGCAGGGCCAGUGAACCACCCAUCAUGCCUGAAUCCCGCAGGGCCAGCAAACUACCCGCCAUGCCUGAGACCUGUGAGGCCAGUGAACUGCCUCCUGUGCCUGAGUCCCGCAGGGCCAGCAAACUACCCACCAUGCCGGAGUCCUGUGAGGCCAGUGAAUUGCCUGCUGUGCCUGAUCCCCGCAGGGCCAGCGAACAGCCUGCUGUGCCUGAGUCCCGCAGGGCCAGUGAACCACCUGCCUCCCGCAGGCCCAGUGAACCAGCUGCUGCACCUGAGUCCCGCAGGGCCAGUGAACCACCCAUCAUGCCUGAAUCCCACAGGGCCAGCAAACUACCCACCAUGCCCGAGUCCUGUGAGGCCAGCGAACCACCAGCUGCACCCGACUUCUUUGGGGCCAGUGAACUGCCUGCUGUGCUUGAAUCUUGCGGGACCAGUGAACAGCUUCUUUCACUUGAGUUUCGCAGAGCCAGCGAAAAGCCCAUCACACCUGAGUCUCGGCAGCCAGGUGAGCAUCCUGCUAUGCCAGUGCCUCAGGAGGGUAGUGAUGAACCCCCUGUGCCAGAAUCCCGAAGGGGUAGUCAACAAGGAGAGGUGCCAGAGUUGCAGAGAUCCAGUCAGGUUGAACUCCCAGAGACCCAAAAGGGCAGUCAACAGCGAAUUGUACAAGAAUCUCACAGUGGUGGUGAGCAACCACUAGGUCAGGAAUCCCAGAGAAGCAGCCAGCAGCCACUGGAGCCAGAAUCCAACUUUGGUGCUGAAAAAGAAUCUGAAGUGCCAACUCUUGAAAAUGGGAAAAUUCAACCAAAACAAAAACCUUCUUUUUCUGAGAAAGCUCAGCAAACAUAUAGCAUUAUUUCACUAGAGAUAAAUACCUGGAUAAACAGAAGAACUGGCAAAUUAAUGAGAUCUAGUAGUCAGCAAACUGAGGGGAGCUGGCUUCAGGAUUACAUAGCAAGAAAACUAAAACUCACACCGAAAGGAAGUCUAACAAGAAGUGCUGUGCCUAAAGUAGAACAGACAGAACCUGAGAAACCUCCUAGCCUAGAGGAUGAAACUGUUGAUUCAGUACAGCAGCAAACUGACAAAGAUGAAUUCCAGACAGAGAGUCAAGCAGCAGCAGAGUUGUUUGAAGGGCCACUCACUCUUGAGGGUGAUGAAGCAGGACAGAAACUUCUAGUGGACAGCAAACAGGAUGAUGUGCUACAGUUCCAAAGAGGGAGCCUACAAGAGGAUGUACCGCAAUCUCGAAGGGACAGCCAAUUGGCAGAUCUGCCAGUGUCCCGGAAGGGCAGUCAACAGGCAGAUCUGCCGGCGUCCCAGAAGGGCAGCCAACAGGCAGAAGUGCCAGCCUCCCGGAAGGGCAGCCAACAGGCAGAAGUGCCGGCCUCCCGGAAGGGCAGCCAACAGGCAGAAGUGCCGGCCCCCAGGAAGGGCAGCCAACAGGCAGAAGUGCCGGCCUCCCGGAAGGGCAGCCAACAGGCAGAAGUGCCGGCUUCCCGGAAGGGCAGCCAACAGGCAGAAGUGCUGGCCUCCAGGAAGGGCAGCCAACAGGCAGAAGUGCCGGCCUCCCAGAAGGGCAGCCAACAGGCAGAAGUGCUGGCCUCCCGGAAGGGCAGCCAACUGGCAGAUCUGCCGGCUUCCCGGAAGGGCAGCCAACAGGCAGAGGUGCCGGCCUCCCGGAAGGGCAGCCAACAGGCAGAGGCGCCGGCCUCCCGGAAGGGCAGCCAAUUGGCAGAGGCGCCGGCCUCCCGGAAGGGCAGCCAACUGGCAGAGGUGCUGGCCUCCCGGAAGGGCAGCCAAUUGGCAGAGGUGCUGGCCUCCCGGAAGGGCAGCCAACUGGCAGAGGUGCUGGCCUCCCGGAAGGGCAGCCAACUGGCAGACCUGCCAGCGUCUCAACAGGGUAGCAGGUUGGAUGUGGAGGCGGAACUCCAACCAAGAUGCCAGCAGCCUCUGAGUGAUGAAUAUCAGUAUAGCAACAACACAGACAAAACAUCAGAAAGCCAAGUCCAGCAGCCUAGUCACUGUGAAAGCAAAGCUACAUUGGAGAGCUCAUCUUCAGGAUAUACAGUAUAUACAGUAGGGGAGGAUGAAGCUCAACAGACCUACAGUAUAAUUUCUUUGGAAGAUGGAAUAUGGCUGAACAGAAGAACUGGCAAAUUAUUAAUAAGCCAUAGUCAGCAGACUAAUAUGACCUCACUUCUGGGAGAUUACAGAGAUACAGCAGAAGGAGUCCCAACCCAAAAGGAAGCAGAAAGACCACAAGAGUCUCGGCAUGGCAGCCAAGUGCCUGCAGGUCAAGAAUCCCGCCGUAGCAGUCGGCCACCUCAAAAUUGUGAAUCAAGUGUUAGCAGGGAGCAGAGUUGGGGUGAAUUGCCAUCUAUCAAUGAUGCUGAGAAAGUGCUAAGUAUCCACCUAAGUGAGGCUACCAUGAGUGAAACCAUGGCAUGUGUAGAAAUGGGAGAUGACCUGGAGAUGAUGUAUAGUCCUGUUGCUGAGGAGGAAGGAAGCUUUGUCAACAUUAAAACUGGCAAGCUGUUGUUAUCUCAACAUCAGCAGACCUCGGAAUCUUCCUUUCCAAAGCUGGGGGAGGAGGCGCAGCCAAUGCGGCGUAAUAGCUAUUCACCCCAGCUGAGCUAUUACGACCUGCAUGAUGAGGAGGUGAGCGAACCUCCACAACCAACCUGGCCUAGUGACGAUUCAUUUGUGAAACCUGUAAUGCCUGGUGGAUAGUAUUCAAGUGCCCUGAAGAGAUUAGAGACCUCUGAGAGCUAGUUUGCCCAGCUUAGAGAGAUGACCUUGGAGUUUUGGAAAACGGUGGCUAGAAGGACAAAAGUAAAGGCUCCCAGGAACAAGGACAGCAGAAUAAAAACGGGGAAACCUGUAUAUUUUGUGGUU